UCCGCCACCCUUUGGUGCUCUCCAUCCCUGGGUGCUACAUCCAUUGGUGCCCCCCAUCCCUUAACGUCCCCCACUUCUGAGCCCCCCAUCUCUCGGUGCUCCCUCCCUUGGAUCCCCUGUUCCUCAAUGUCCCCCGUGCCUACGCAGCCCCAUCUCCCUCGUGCCCCCUCCGAGCUCAGCACUCCCACAUCCCACACGUAGGUGCCACGUUCCCGUUGGCCGUCCGUAUCUCUUCGUCCUCUGCAAUGGCUGCGGGGGGUGGCACCAUCCCCGCGCUGGUCACGGAGCCACGCUUUGCCCAGCACCUGAGGCAGCGUUUGGAAGAGGCCCAGCUCUUGGAUACCCGGUACCGGCUGCAGAAGGUGCUGGGGGGCAACGUGGCCCUGCCUGUGCUGGAGGGGAAGGCAGCGGAGCAGUGGCUGCAGGACAAGGAGCUGCAGGGGCCGCCCUGCCGGCUGCUCUGUAUCCAGGACCCUGUCCCCUCAAAGGCUGCCAGCGUGCAGCCGCCCGCCCAGAAGCUGCGCUGUGAGCUGCGUCGGCUGCUGCUGGAACUGGGAGAGAGCUGGUCAGAAGAGCUGGAGUGCGAUGUGCCCCGCACCUGGCAGCGGCAUGGAGACUUGAUCCUGCUGAGUGAGGACAGCUUCAGUGCUGCGCUGUGGGCAAAGCUGGGCCCUGUGCUCUGGGAGACGGUCGCCUCGGCUUUGGGUGCACAGCGCCUGGCCAAGCGAGGACGGGUGUUGCCAGACAAGAUGCGCUCCCCCAGUGUCACCCUGCUGCUGGGCCACAACAGCUGGGUGGAGCAUGUGGACAAUGGCAUUCGGUACACGUUUGAUGUGACAAAAUGUAUGUUCUCCCCGGGUAAUAUCACGGAGAAGCUGCGAGUGGCCUCGAUGCAGUGCUCUGGGGAGGUGCUCGUGGAUCUCUAUGCAGGGAUUGGGUACUUCACACUACCGUACCUGGUUCAUGCGGCUGCUGCCUUUGCCUAUGCCUGUGAGUGGAACCCACACGCCCUGGAGGCCCUGAGGAGGAACCUGGCACUGAAUGGUGUGCAGGACCGCUGCCAGAUCCACGCUGGGGACAGCAGGCAGCUGCAGCUGAGGGAUGUGGCUGACCGGGUGAACCUGGGACUGAUCCCCAGCUCUGAGGAGGGCUGGCCUGUGGCCUGCCGCGUCCUGAAGAAGGGCACGGGAGGAGUUCUGCACAUCCACCACAACGUGGAGGCUCGCCCCGUGCCUCCUGUUCUGAAGGAUGAGCAGAGACUCCCAAAGGAAUCCAACUCUGAGCAGGAGGAUGAAGAACACCGGGCCUCCGAGGAGAUGGAGAGCAGUGGGCAGGAAGUGCUGGCAGCCAGGGUCAGGCCUGAGUGGUGGAGCUGGGCUAAAGCAGCUGCUGCGCGGAUCCGGGGGCUGCUGACAGAGCUGCACAGCCAGCCAUGGCAGACCAGCAUCCUGCACAUCGAGGCGGUGAAAUCCUACGCACCCCAUGUGCAUCACGUUGUGCUGGACCUUGAGUGCCGCCCAAUGCCACCCACCUAGCUGGCCACGGGGCCCCAGCAUGGCUCCAGGUCUGGAUUUUGCCAUCUGGAUGUGGUUUACAUCCUGUGGUCCCGGGUGGCAACAGUGCCCAGCAGCAAGCCAGGCCCCUGCCAUCCCUGCACCUUGUCCAGGGCUGCUGUGUAAGGGGAGCUGUGCUCAGCUGAGCUGCACAGGGACCGUGUGAUGGCAGAGGAUGGAGUUGAGGAUGCCCAUAGUCCCACCCCAGCUCUGCCUACUGCCACCCAGUGCAGGGACAUCGCACUGCCUUGGAUGUGUGCUGGCACUUUCAACCCUGUUUUCACAUUGAAGAGCUGCAGGGACAAAUAAAAUAAACGUUUGUGCUGCG